CCCAACACUCCCUCUCCCACCCCACAAGUUCUUUUGCCUUCAUUCCCUGCACAUCUCGCUCCUCCCCACUGAACCCUUCCCACUGCAGGGAGCUGCUGAGGAGCCACAUGGUCCAUCCCUGGAUUCUCCAAGCCCUGACUGCCCAUCCACUCUGACCACAGCCAGAGCCACCUCCCACUGCCUGCCCAGCGUCCAUCCAUGGAGGUGACCACUGCGUUCCGAUCUCCUGCCUCACCCACUGAAGGAGAUGAUCUGUGUGAGACAGAUGUCACCAGAGUGGCCAUACACAGUGUGACCCUGCUCAUCUGCCUCUGUGGGCGGGCUGGUAAAGGGGCUGUGCUCUGGCUCCUUGGGUCCCUCACUUCAUCCAGGAACAGUACCAUCCUUUACAUCCUCAUGCUGGCUCUUCUUGACUUCUUCUUCCGCCUCAUUCUCUUGCCCUCCACUCUGCUCUUCCUGGUGGGGGACGUGUCCUGUUCUAUUAUCAUGCCCUUGUCACACAUAAGGUUCCUUUCCUGGAUGUCACGGUUGUCUUACAGCUUGUGGCUCUGCACACUGACAUUCAUCAGCAUCAAGAGGUGCAUGUCCAUCCACUGCCUGCUCUGGCUCUGCUGCCACCAUCCCCAGCAGCUGUUAAAGGUCAUGCUUGCCCUGCUCAGGGCCUUCUUCAUCACUCUUGUAAUUGUCUUUGCCAUGACACUUUCCCUGUGCAUGUUCCAGCCAUCUGAGCACUGCUGGGUGUUUCUCAGCUUAAUAUACAUCUCCAACCACCUCCUCUGUGCUCCCUCCAUGCUCAUUUCCAGCACAAUCCUCUUAACUCAUUUCAAGCCUGGCUCCCAGCAGCAGCAAGACAAGAAGCUGGACAUUGUUAUCUCCUUCAUUGUGCUCUUGUCCCUGCCCCUCAGUCUCUGCAAUUUCCUGCAGGAGCUCAGCUACACCAUUACGCUCUCCCAGUUUUUUUCCUGCUCACCUGCAUCCACAGCGGCAUCAAACCCUUCAUCUACAUCCUGGUUGGAAGGUGCUGGAGGCCCUGCUCUGUGGGGUCUCUCCAGCUCUCUGUCCAGAGGGUGUUUGAGGAGCCAGAAGAAAACACUGCCCACAGCAAUGAUCCUGCCAUGGACACAGAACUCUGAGUGUGUUGAUUUCUGCCACUGCACUGCUGGAGGACGCUGGGACAGUGGCUGA